AUGUCUAAUAAAGAAUGCUCCAUAAAUAAACCACUCAAUUUGGUUAACAAUAAUUUAUUUCAAGAAGUUUCUUCAAAUGUUUUAGACAAAAAAGUUAAAAAUUUACCCAAUACUGUUGCUAAAGAUGAAAAAACAAUAUUUUUAGAAGGAGGAAAUUACGUUGCAUUUAUGCCAAAGAAAAGGAAAAAAAACAUUAAUGAUAGUAUUGAGGUGAAGACUGAUGGAAAUAUGGAAAAUGUUAAUAGUUCUGACAAGUUAACAAAUUGCCCAAAAACUCCAAGUAAUGAAAAUUCUUCUAAAAAAAAGGUAUCACGUCACAACAAAAAAUAUACUCCACGUUCUAAAAAUACAAAAAGGAGGAGGAAAUCUCAUCGUACAAAGUAUAAAGGAAAUUGCAAUUCUGUUACUUUAGAAUACGAAAUAGAAGCUCAACCAUAUUAUCAUGGUUUGAGGCCAGUUGAAGAUUUUGAACAUUUUUUUACAAAUGCUGGAGAUUUUUUGAUUCACCUUUCUCCAAUUGAACAAGAGUUGAAAUAUUGUUUAGUUGUUAUGAAUUUUGAAAAGAAACUAGAAUUUUACAUAAUUGAUAAUGACAAUGAAAUAUUCCACUUUUGUGGAGCAUGUUAUUUAUCAUCUAACAAUGUUAUUCAUAGAGAUUUAGCUGCAAGAAAUAUUUUAAUAUCAGAUGAUGGAUAUUUAAAAAUUGCUGAUUUUGGGCAAGCCAUUCAGUUGAAUGAGCAAAAUUCUCAAUAUCCAAAAAUCAAAAAUAAAGUUAUAUCAUUGUGGUCACCUCCUGAAUGUUUAUCAAAUGACUCAAUAGCUUGGAGUGAAAAAAGUGAUGUCUGGAGUUUUGGUAUACUUGCUAUAGAAAUCUUUAAUGAUGGUCAACCCCCAUUUAAAAAAGAAGAUGCUGUAAAUGUAGUUUCACAACUUAAAAAAGGCAUAUACUUUGAAAUACCAAAAACUUGUCAUGAAGAUUGGAGUCUUGUUCUAAGAGAGGGUGUUUUUAUUAAAGAACAGCGAAACCGGUUUGAUUUUAAACAAUUAAAAGAGCUUUUAAAAGCUUUAUUAACAUAUAAUGUAAAUUUAUCAAUUCCAAAGUCAGAUAGUAUAAUUCUUAAUCAUCGUGGUGUAAAAAGAAAUGAAUUUAAAGUUUCUGUGAAAAAAAAACGUUAA